AGUGGCUCAGCAUUCAGGGCACGGCUCUUAGAGCAGCCAUGGCCCACAGCUGCUUGAAUGUUAGAAGCCAAAGACAGGGCUCUACCUAAUCUGCUCUCUGUAUGCUUUCAGCAUCCUCUCAGGCUCAUCUCUGCCUAGGUUCACUGCGGAGGAAUGAGGCCAAGUGCCCCGCACAUCAGCUGACAUGCGAGUCUUAUCUCACUACAGGCAAAGGCCUGAGUGUAUAUUUCCUGGGAUCCCAAUGUUCACUAACUCCAGCUCCAAGUGGAGUUGGCAGUGCAGGCAGACCUGGGGCAUCCUGGAGACCUGUAGCCUGCAGUCAGGGGCAAGGCAAUGAUCUCCUAGUCUCCACUGGAUUGGACAGAAAAUGUCGAAUUUCCCGAGGCUUGUUUGAGGCCUAAACUUGGCUAGUGCUCCAGGCAGGCCAUUUCCAGUUGGUUAAGAGAGGACCCUGAGGAAAGCUGGAGUCCCCUGAGCAAAGGGCUUGCUUUUUGACUCUUAUAACAGGGCCAUGAGGCCCAGCAUGGUCUGGCAGGCAAUGGAUUUCCUCACCCAGGGCCUUGUUAAAAUGCGCACACCAUGGGAGCAAAGACUGCCCCAGCUGUGGGUAUGGAAAGGAGGAGGAAGAGGGGAGGAGACAGAGAGGGAGGAAUAUAGUGACAUUAGUUCUUGUCAUAACCUCCAGAAGCUUAUUACUGCCAAAGCUAACAGGAGAGCAGAAUCAUAUAGCAGAGAUUCCUGCUGGGUGCACCCCUCCAGGUUUCUCCCUCCAUGUUUCCCUCUUCUUUGGGCAGGCCAAGGACCAAUGAACAAAAGUUUCACUCCCCAAAAUGACAUAUGAGCUUGGUGAUUGUGGGUGGGGGGGAGUGGUGCCUGGACCUGGGAGUGGGAGUUGGGGAGUCUUUCCAUGCCAGCCCACCCAGCCCAUGCAGACAGGAGUUAGAGAGAAGGUGAACCAGGUGAGCACACUGGAGAGAAUUCUAACUGGAAUAUGGAUUAGAGAAGGAAAGUAUUGGGGACUUAGAGGCCAGGGAAUAGCUACUGCAUUGAGGGGGUGGGGACUGUGUGGGACAGGGAAGAAGAGGCAACAGGCAGCUUCCAGUUCACUCUGGGGCCCGGACACCCUGAGGAUCCUGGCAGGGAUGACCACGACCAGGGAUGCCACUCUGGGGAGCUAGAAUUCAGAGAUGGGGCUAUUUUCAUGUCCAGAGGUGAUUGGGAAGAGCCUGAGGCCCCGACAAGGCCCGCGUAAGUUGUCAGAGAGUUUUGGACUAGUGGCUGCUUCUGUUACAAGGAUAGUGAGCACCCAAGUCGGACUGGGCGCGCACCAUAAACACCCCACUUGUUAACGGCGCGGGGCCCAAGGGCGCUUCAAACAGACCCUCGCAUAGGGCUCACGUCCGGGUAGGGGCGGGGCAAACCCAGCGGCCAGGCCCCCCACCAACCACAUUGCGGCAGCCCCCACAGCUCCCGGCCUUCAGGCGGAUGUGUCGAGCGUGCGUGUCCUGGCCCAUCAAUAUAGAUUACAUAUUUAUAUCAAUCGCGGGCUCCGAGGGCGCCCUCGGAGAGCGGCCCCGCGCCUACGAAACCAAACUGGGAGUGGUCGCGCGGAAACUCUGGCUCGGGAUUGGCUGUGGGCGCCCGCCGCGGUGAGGGGGGAUUGCUAAUCGUAUGCAGCAUGUUUUGCGCAAGAAAUGUCAGCCAGAAAGGGCUAUCUGCUCCCCUCGCCAAAUUAUCCCACAACAAUGUCAUGCUCGGAGAGCCCUGCCGCGAACUCUUUUUUGGUCGACUCGCUCAUCAGCUCCAGCAGAGGCGAGGCGGGCGGUGGUGGUGGUGGCGCAAGGGGCGGCGGCGGCAGCGGUGGUUACUACGCCCACAGUGGGGUCUACCUGCCGGGUGACUUGCCCUAUGGGCUGCAGAGCUGCGGGCUCUUCCCCACGCUGGGCGGCAAGCGCAAUGAGGCGGCGUCGCCGGGAGGCAGUGGCAGUAGCGGGGCCCUAGGUCCUGGAGCGCACAGCUAUGGCCCUACGCCCGUAGAUCUGUGGCUGGACGCGCCGCGGUCCUGCCUGAUGGAACCGCCUGAGGGGCCUCCGCCUCAGCCCCAGCAACAGCCGCCGCCCCCGCCGCAGCCACCUCAGCCCCCGCCGCAGGCCACUUCGUGCUCUUUUGCUCAGAACAUCAAAGAAGAAAACUCCUACUGCCUCUACGACUCGGCAGACAAAUGCCCCAAAGGCUCGGCUGCGGCUGCCGAAUUGGCUCCCUUCCCGCGGGGCCCGCCACCCGACGGCUGCACCUUGGGUGCCUCCAGCGGGGUGCCAGUGCCCGGCUACUUCCGCCUCUCGCAGGCCUAUGGUACGGCCAAGGGCUACGGCGGCGGCGGCGCGCAGCAGCUAGGCGCCAGCCUGUUCCCAGCGCAGCCCCCUGGCCGCAGCUUGGACCCGCCACCCGCGCUGACCUCCGGACCGGCGGAUGCGGCCGGGAAGGAGCGAGCCCUCGAUUCUCCUCCACCCCCCACGCUGGCUUGCAGGGGCGGCGGGGGCUUGCAGGGCGACGAGGAGGCUCACGCGUCGUCCUCGGCCGCGGAGGAGCUCUCCCCGGCCCCUUCCGAGAGCAGCAAAACCUCGCUGGAGAAGGACUCCCUGGGCAAUUCCAAAGGCGAAAAUGCAGCCAACUGGCUCACAGCAAAGAGCGGUCGGAAGAAGCGCUGCCCCUACACGAAACACCAAACACUGGAGCUGGAGAAGGAAUUUCUGUUCAACAUGUACCUUACUCGAGAGCGGCGCCUAGAGAUCAGCCGCAGCGUCCACCUCACGGACAGACAAGUGAAAAUCUGGUUUCAGAACCGCAGGAUGAAACUGAAGAAAAUGAACCGAGAAAACCGGAUCCGGGAGCUCACAGCCAACUUUAAUUUUUCCUGAUAAAUCUCCAGGCGAUGCUCUUCUUCUUCUUCUUCUUCUUUUUUUUUUUUGCUUCCAGAGCGCUGGUCUUCAGCCUCUGCCCAGGAACUCGCACCUGUACCGGAGCCCUAUUCCUCCCUCCCACACUCACCAUCUCCUGGGCCAUUACAUCUGUGCAGGGCUGGUUUGUUCUAACUUUUUGUUUCUUUGUCUGUUUGCUUGGUGCUGGUUUAUUUGUUGUUUUCUGGGGGAAAAAGCCAUAUCAUGGUAAAAUAAUAUGGAGAUAGAUAUUGUCCUAAGUGUCAAGUGGUAACUGGGCUGGGCUUGCUGUCUUUUUGGGGGGGUGUCUCACUGCUUGAAAUGGCCCCGUCCUCCUCCACCAAGCUGGUUUCCUGCCCAGCCAGGGGCAAGCCUAGCUGUAAAGCCGAGGUUCCAUUGUUGGCGCUGAGGUGUCUGGCCUGAGGUCAAUGGUGCAAGGAGCCUCCACUGGGCACGCCUGCCCUGAGUGCUGAGCUGUGUUCAUUCAGGGCAUAUAGGCCCCUGGGUGUCUUUUUUUCUCUCUUCCUUUCUUCUCUUCCUUGGCCAAGAGAAGGGCUUACAGGCAUGGACAUACGCAGGUUGGCAAAAGGGCUUGACUUUGGCUGAUUGAAAAAUCGAGAAAGAGUAAGAUUAAAAUUUUCUUCCUCUGUAAGAUAUCCCAACUUUAAAAGAAAAAAAAGAAUGACCAAGAGAAGGGAACUUCUCUUUUAGUUUGUGUAAGGUCCUGCAUUGCCUGGCUAAAACGUUUCAUUUAGCUCUGAAUUUCCAUAUCCCUCUGGUUGUAGGUAAAUAAUGUAGUUUUGUUUAUACAUGUGGAAUUAGUGAAUUUUUGUCAUUAAAAUCGUUACCAGUGGUAACAUAUAACAAGCACACCACAAUUCUCCCUAUCUUGUGGAGUUGGUUUUUCUUAAUUACCUUAAAUUCUUUUUUCUUUCUGAAAAUCACAGAAGCCUAGGCGGGCUGGGCCAAGCUGAGUAAACUAGAGAAGGGAGACAUUGUUUGGAUUUCCUUUAUACUGUGAAGUUACAUGCAUAUAAGGGUCAAACCUGUAGGUGCAGAAAAAAAACUAUAAAUACAAAUCUGUAUAAAUGUCUAUUAUGAAGAAUUGCCAAUCUUGUUUUAAGCAAAUGCAUUCUAUCAUUAUUAUAAAUGUUAGUUCUAGCUCUAUUUACUUCUAAUCUUAAAUCAGAAUAAAUUAAUAUUGUAUUGCUGCUGUGCGUGGAAAAAAGACAAUGUUUAUGUUCUUAUAGAAUAAAAGCUGUGGAAUGAA